GUCUGAAGCCCACACAGCGGCACAAUGAAGAUAGCUUUGAAAAGAAAUGCUAGCGGUAGCUUGUCAAAGACGUCAAACUCGUCAGUCAAACGAAAUCCGUCGAAAUCGGAUAAUGAACUGAAAAUGUCAGCAAAUGCAGCUCGUAAAGCGAAAAUCCACAGCCAGCGUGUGAUUGCCAUGUUGUAUUGCUUCCUUAUUUUGGCAAUCGGUCUUUCACUUUCGCUCUAUUGCGCCGGUACGCGGAUCGCAGAAUUGGAACAUUCGUUCGUGUGGUUUUACACAUGCAUGUAUUUGACAUCAGUGGCCGGGAUGAUAUAUAUGCUCGUGUACAUUUUUCGCAAUCGAAAUGCCAGUAUCGAGGCCAUACAGAGGGGGCAUUUAUCCGCCCCGCGAAUACUUUAUUCGUUACGUGGUGAGCCUGUCAGUCUCUAUCUACGAAUCGGACUUUGCAUUUUUGCCGCAAUGGCCAUCGUCUUCGCGGUUUUCCGGGCCACGGAAGUUGUGAAAUCCCCCGAAGAAUACGAUCGUGUCAUACCCUACACAAUAAGCAAGAUAUUAUACUUCACCGUUCAACCCAUAUUUUUUCUACUGCUUCAUCGACUGGUCGUACUUGCACACGUUCGUCUCUUCAGUUUUCUACUCCUGCAUAUGCUCACUGUGAACUUAUGCAUCUGGGUGGAAUCGGCCAUAGAGAAGGUCUCCCAAACAAUGAAUGUAGAGCAACACGGCGAGUCGCAUCAAAACACCGGCAAUGAUCACCAUUACACAACUAUGGUGACCUCAUACUUCCUGCCAGCCAUUCCUGAGUAUUGUGCGAUCGCGGUGGCCGUCGUGUAUGAAAUGUCACAGCGGAUCGGACAGUUGAAACAGAUCGAGGCGGAACAACAUUCAAAAGAACAUGAAGAAGCCAAGUGUAAUAUGCGGACUUUCCUUGGACCUGCCUUUGGGAUUGGCAUUUCAGUUGUCAUUUUGGCCAUCAUACUUGUCCUGGAGAACACCGGCACUGUGAUUGAUCGAUUCCGGAACAUCAUUCAUCUAACCGAAUUCAGUCUUAUACAAUUUACUGCCUUGAUCUUGAGUAUUGCCGGUCUAGUUGUAAUCCGGAAUCUCAAGUUCUCGGUUAACUUUGCGAAGAACAGUUUGGACGAAAAACUUCUUCUGGUCACUUUCUUUUUAAGCCUCAACUUUUUUGUCGUCUGCAUUGUCAUGUGUAUUGUGCUGUUAAGGAAUGGCAACCUGAAUAGUUCCGAGAUGAAAUAUAUGGCGGCUCAAUUGGUCGCAUUGCUACUCGAACUUACUGAGGUACUCGUACAGACAUACUUCAUACACGACACGUUCUAUCGCUGUUGUCAUCAUGAGGAGUACCAGCGCAGGAAGCCUGGACGAACGUUGAUUGUCCUACUCUCAGCACUGAACUUCUCCUUAUGGAUGAUCUACAGUUUUCAGGUUAAGCACAAUGACAUUCUAUUCAGCAAAACUGGUUACCUGCUUGAAAAACUGAAACUCCAAGGACAGCAAAUAUUUGUGACCGUUAUGUUGCCGAUGGUGAUGUUGUUCCGCUAUCACAGCUCCGUUUGCCUGGCAAUUUCAUUUGUGCGCACCUACGAGGACGAAGUGACACGGUAUGAGAGCAUGUUACGUUGGGUAAAACAAGGAACGACCAAAGAUUUCCUCCAGAAUUGUCAUUACUCUUUGGUUAACACAUGGCAAGAAGAUGAUCACAAAGCAGGUCAGGGUGGAAUCCAGGCUGGACGACAUCGGUCUGCCUCUCAUCCGGUCACGGUUCCCAAUCGAAUCCAAGUUGAGAGUCUUAGUACAAGCGACAAGCGAUCCGGGUCCGAUGACAGUUCUCUGCGACCAUUGCCAGAACACUUGAAUCAAACCUUGCAGAACAAAGAACGCACUAGACGAGAUACCAGAAUUAAUUUGGAAAUGGCUCGGAUACGAGUUGCAGCUAGUGAGGAGGGACACCGAAUGAUGGAACGAAAGCUACAGCAACAGAAAAUGCGGUCCAAACCGUUUGUCAAGAGUGUUGUGGACGUACUCGAGGGGAAGAUUGGCCGUCAACCAGCUAAAUUUCGUGUAGGGCCGGGAACUUACGAGUUGCCGAAAGCAAUGUCAAAUCAGGAACUUGGAACACACGUGGAAACUUCACCGAGCCCGGACACGGCAUCAGAACGACGUGAGACAAAUGGGACAAAAGUAAAGACGCCGUAGAUAUUUUCAACAUCUAUGCACGCGAACAUCACAAGUGCCUUAAGUUCACGCUCAACUUCUCAUCAGACACAAUUAUUACUUCAGCUUUUUUAAAGAACUACAAAAAGAUCUCAAAACUCGAUGUGAAUAGCCUGAACAGAUCAAUUUCAGGUUCACCUUAUCUUUUAUUAUCUAUGCAAACAUGGCCACAUCCACAAACAUUCGUUAUUUGAUUCGCCACUCA